CAGUGAAGCCACGUUUAAGAUUCAAAAGAAAAAAAGUUUGAGGUUAGGCGGCCCACUGAAUUUUCGGUGUUUUAAGAAACCUAACAUAGGUAAUCACUUAAGACUAUAUAAAACUUCUUAAAUUUAAAGUAUCCGAGGUAUAGAAAAGGAAAAAAUUAAAAUGAUUUUAGAAGGAAUGGGUGCCGGAAAUUUCUUUCGCAUCCGAUGGCCAUUGAUUUAAAUUAUGGAGAAAAGUCUAAGAACUUCGAACUUUCAGCAGCAGUUGCGAUUUCACUUCCUUUCAAAGGCAGAUGGAAAGAAAUUUUCAUGAAGAAAUGUGAGGAUGUAACAGCAAAAAAAAAAAAGGUGACUUUUAAGAAUUUGUCUAAAUUUUAAAAAUUGGUAUACUUUAUUGCGUUAAAACAGCACAGAUAAAUGCCAAUAGAAACUGCUUUAUUUUAAUUAACAGUUUGUUUCAACUUAAAUAUAUUUUACUCUAAAAGAGGAAAAAAAUCAUGUCUCUAAAAAUGGAUGCUUUAUUUUCCUUGUACUUUUACGAGGUGAUUAGUAGAAUUUUUCAUUUAAAUCUUUUUUUGUCGUACUUAGGUCUGUAUAAAAAUAGACCAAAACAGUCUAUACUAGUUGGUUAAUGCUGAUGAUAAUUAAGUAGAGUACUUUAGUAGUAUACUGUAGGAAUUUUAAUAAAGAAGUAUUAUAUUAGUUCGUCACUGUCUAUCGUAGUACAAUAAAGGAAACUGAAAGAUAUAAGUGAGAAUUUAUCCCAUAAUAUAAAUUUAUCAAAGUUUCAUUGUGCAGUUUGUGAAUAUUUGUCAUUAUCUGUCUAUGUGAAAAAAAAUUAAACGCACUUACUUGAUUAGAUUCGAUAAAUUAUAUUUCUGAAAGCAUUAUACAAAAUUCUCACUGUUCUUUAACUUGUUCUGUGAGUCGUGUUUGGUAUUUUGUAAGAGGCAAUGCACUACGUUUGUUAAACUGCACAUUGCGCCAAAACAUUCUGAAUCAUUUCGUGAAAAUAUUUAGAACUUUGCAUAAAGGUGUUUAUUUCAUUCCAUUGUUCUCAUCUAAAACGUUUUAACUUCCUUAGAUGUAGUACUUCUGGCGCCAUUUUACAGGUGCUAAAUAUUGAAUAGUUAUAUGUGUCUUUUAUUUGAAAAUAUAUGAUAUCAGUCGUUGUGAAAAGAGAUCAUCCGCGCAUUAAAUAUGUUGAAAUUACUUAGUCAUGAUGAUUCAGUGAUAAAAACAGUUGCAGAAAACAAUCAAUUUUUAAGCAAAAAGUCCUUCUGUAAUUAAUGGAAAUCUUGUUUUCAUUAAACAGAGCAUCAAGAGUCUUUAGCUGCAAUCUACAUGUUGUGUGCUUAGUAUUCAGGGUAAAGAAAUAUUUGGAGACUUUUCUAACUGAUUUCUCUCCUAAGAUGCUUUUGAACUGAAGGUAUAAUUUUUUAAGAAAAAUUAGGGUUAGUGUUAGGAUACAAGAAAAUUAAACGAUUUUAAACUGUUUUGCUAAUCUGAAGAUUUCAGUAAACGCCCAAAUUUUUACUCGAUUUUUAACUUAAUGUUAUUCUAUUAAGUGACUGAGGACAUUCUGAAAGGGAACAGAACAUUAUCAAUCAAGUUAUUUGAACCACGAAAUGCACCAACUUCAGUAUAGAAGUCGUCAGAAAAAAAUGAUUUUAAUCUAGGACGGUAAUACUGUCUCAUAAUCUGCUACACAUUCCAUAGCAGCUGUACUGCCAUGCUGAGAGGAAGAUACCCAACUUCCGGUAUUACAAAAUUACUCCUCUAUUUCCGCUUCCUCAUUCCUUUACUGAUGGCUCAAGUUUCUUCUGCCUCCAUCUCAUCGCAAGCCAAUAUACACAUUGGAGCGUUCUUCCCCCUCUCCUUCAACAUCUCUGAAGGUUCGAUAGGAAGAGGUGUUGCCCCAGCUGUCAAAUUGGCCGCAAGACACAUCAACAGCAGUCCACUUAUUCUGAAAGACUACAGGCUGGUUGUGCAAGUUUACGACACGAUGUGUGAUGCUGCGGUGGGAAUGAAGGCGUUCUUCGACAUGCUUCAUCAGAAACCACACAAAGUAAUUCUCUUCGGCGCUGCCUGUACCGCAGUGACUGACCCUAUCGCCAAGUCCUCCCAGUUCUUCCAAUUAGUUCAGUUAACUUACGCGGAUACUCAUCCCAUGUAUACAAACGAAAAUUAUCCCAAUUUCUUCAGAGUAGUGCCUAGUGAAACUGCCUUCAAUCCAGCCCGAGUGGUACUUUUGAGGCACUUCAAUUGGACCAGGGUCGGAACUCUGUAUCAGAAUUCCCCCAGGUAUGCCUUGCCACACAGUAAGUUAUUAACAGAUUUGGAUAGCGCCCGCAUCGCCAUUGCAGAAACGCAAGGUCUGGUAGAAGAGUUACAGAAUGAAUUAGUAAAGUUAAAGAAUAAAGAUGUUAGAAUAAUAUUAGGAAAUUUUGACGAAGAAUGGGCCAGGAAAAUCUUUUGCGAGGCUUACAGGUUAAAAAUGUACGGCCGCAAGUAUCAGUGGAUUAUCGUAGGAAUGUUUCGAGAGCGAUGGUGGGAAAUAAGAGAGCCAAAUGCCACCUGUUCGCCAUGGGAACUGACUCAAGCUUUAGAAGGACAUAUUGCUACAGAUGUUUUACCUCUCAGCAGUUCAGAAAAUAUCACAGUAUCAGGAUUGACGGCGGCAGAAUACGCUGGUCAGUAUGAUAAGAAGCGUGAACAAGAAUAUAGUCGUUUCCAUGGCUACGCAUAUGAUGGUAUAUGGGCCAUAGCAUUAGCUAUCCAGAAUGUAGCUCAGAAACUAAAAGCUAAGGGUAUGCCAUCUGCUCUUAAGGAAUUUCAGUACAGAGAUCCUUUUUGGGGCCAGCUGUUUAGAGAUGCUUUCAACGAAACUUCAUUUACAGGAGUUACAGGACCUGUCAGCUUUGUAAAGAACGAAAGACGAGGUCAAAUACUUCUAAAGCAAUUUCAAAAUGGCUCAGAAGUGAAAAUUGGUGAAUAUGAUCCAAUCACAGAUGAGUUAGACCUCAGCAAAGGUGCACCUAUCAUCUGGAGUGGUGGAAGUGGACCUCCGGCCGACAGAACUCAUAGAAAGAUUGCUAGAAAGAGGAUAAGCAUAACAGUUUAUUCCAUCCUAGUAACAUUCGCUGUGUUUGGCAUCAUCAUAGCCACGGUCUUUCUUGUAGUCAAUAUCAAAUACAGGAACCAAAAAUACAUAAAGAUGUCUAGCCCAUACUUAAACAAUAUUAUAGUAGUAGGAUGUAUGCUGACAUACACAAGUGUCAUACUUCUUGGCAUGGACAGUGGCCUCAGCAGUGAAAGUAACUUUCCAUACAUCUGUGCAGCAAGAGCUUGGGUCUUGAUGUCCGGUUUUACUUUGGCAUUUGGGUCCAUGUUCAGUAAAACGUGGAGAGUGCACGCCAUUUUUACAAACAUUAAGCUCAACAAGAAGAUUAUCAAAGAUUAUAAGCUUUUCAUGGUGGUUGGAGUACUCGUCAUGAUUGAUGUCAUCAUUCUCACAACUUGGCAAAUCAUUGACCCUUUUUACCGGGAAACUAGCACAGGAGCUCCGUUGCCUUCUCCGGAAAAUGAAGACAUAGAAAUUAUUCCAGAGUUAGAGUUUUGUCAAAGUAAUAACAUGACGAUAUUUUUAGGCUCAAUCUAUGCGUAUAAAGGUCUCUUAAUGGCUUUCGGUUGCUUUCUGGCGUGGGAGACUCGCCAUGUCAGCAUACCUGCCCUCAAUGAUUCCAAGUACAUAGGUAUGAGCGUGUACAAUGUAGUCAUCAUGUGCGUUAUUGGAGCUGCACUUUCUUUCGUACUGCGAGAGCAACAAGAUGCAGCGUUCAUCAUCAUCUCCAUCUUCAUAAUGUUCUGCUCGACGACCACCUUGUGCCUGGUGUUCGUUCCCAAGGUGAGACUGUUGCUGGAACUUUGGGCCAACCCACACGCUGGAGAUCGCAGAGUGCGGGCUACUCUCAAGCCUUUGAAAAAGUCUCGCCGAAGUUCAGAUGAAUCAGAUUUACAAUACAACAUGCAAAUGUUGCAAGACGAAAACCGGCGGUACAGGCAAAGAUAUGAAGAUGUAAGUCUGGAACUCCAGAAACUUAACUUACGGUUACGUGAAGCAGAAGAACCAGUGAUCCUCGUUACCCAUGGUUACGAUAUGACGUCUCCUAUCGUCGAAUUACCAUCUCUCGAAGUAAGUGAAGAGGAGUCAGCAGAAGAUACAUUUGGCAGACGACCAUCAAUGCCGGUUAAGUCUCAUACAAUUGCACUUCAGAAACGAAGGAUGUCGGAAAUUUCAAUUAGAAUAUCCACCAUGUCCGAGAGAGAGAGCAGCUACGCAAGAACAGACGAAUCUUCGGUACAAAUGAGUUCUCCCCCAGCAACAGAAGAAGCCCCAUCUUUCACGUAUCCUGUACCUCAAGUGCCCCGGGUCGAGGAGCCUAAACCUUCCCCUUCGGCACCUGGUGUUCGCUACAGACAACUGCAGCCGCUCACUCUCAUGGACGAAGCAAGUCAGCCAGUCAAGUUCGCUGAUUCGGACUCCAGCGAAGGAUCCAGGAAGAGCCCAGGGGGCCAAAACCACCAGGAAUAUCAGGAAUCGGACGACACUUCUUACGCGAGGGCGAUACAAAACGCGCAAAGGAAGAGAAGUCUCAUGAACGGACUGUCGUCGAGUGCCGAAGAGGACACUGAUAAAUUCGAAAUGGGGACGUGUUCAGAAGCUGACAGUGAUUCGAAUGCAAGACGAACAGCUUCAGCUCAUGGUGACGUCCGGCGGAGGGCCAAGAGUCUUGGAACUCUCAGGGACGCCACCAGGAGGACAAGUUACGGGACUGGUGGGCCUCCUAGUGGAGGCCAGGUCUCAGUGAUUCACAACAGAAGGACCGACCCAGGGCUCUUGCCCCUCUUUCCUUAUAUCAGCCAUAUAAUGAACAAUCGGAAAUCGCCCAACGAUGACGAAUCCACACCCCUUUACAGCUCCUAUCCUUCAGUUAAGUGUGAUAUCGUGGAAUACUUAUGAAGACUUCUCUUCAGUAUACACUUAAAUGAGGAACAACGAUAUCAUUGUUCCGACUGUUUCGUAUCGAGAAGUGGGCCGAUGAGGAUCUGAUGAGGGAUCUCUCACAAUGAGCCUUCAUGAUCAUGAAUUUUAAAAGGAGGCUUCCUUGCAUAAAGGGCGCUGGUUCAGAGCAAGGUAGCAUAACUGACGUGUUUAAUGGUUACGAUUUACUGAAGCAUUUUAAACGGAUGAUCAAUCCAGAUGAACUUUUGAAUAAUUUUAGGUGAAUAAAUUAAACGAUUUUAUAUUUUAAAUUACUCUUCGAAAAAUGGAGAAAAUUUAUACUAAAAGAAUGCGAUCUGUAAACAAUGUGGUGCUACAAUUUGCCGGUCCCCUGCGAUGAUUUAAAAGAAGAAUAUUCCUCGAGGUAUAAAAAAAAGUAUUGGAAAGUUCAUUGCGCGGUUUAAUUUUCUCAUUAGCAAUAACUGUAAACUUCAAACAGUAUUUUAAGCAAUUUUAAAUCGACUUUUCUCUCUGCAGGUGUGCGAUUAUUUUACUAGCAUCAUUCAAAAAUUUCUUCAGUUCUUUAUUAUACAAUUUAUUUGAGUACAAUUUUUGUUUUAUUAAAUGAGACUGUGCUUUUAAACUAUGCUAAUUUGCUUUUAAAAUUAUCUAAACAUUUCAUCUGGGUUUUGCUUAAAUUUUUGCUUAAAUUAAACCAAGAAAUUAAAAUUUGCGUUGGUCGUUUCACAGAAACCUUUAUUCAAAUUCGUAUUAUUGAAAGCUUCUAAAAGUCAGAGAAUUUGUCAUGAACCUCCAUGAAGGCAAAUUGCUUCAACGCGUACCUUUUUCUAAAAGCUAUACUUUACCUAAUAGAUUAUGACUGUUUCUUUUUAUGUCUACAAUUAAAUUUAACCUGAUAUUUUAACACAUGCGUAUUUCAAAUGACUGAAAAAAUUGUUUUGCAUAACACCCUAAAUGAAAGGAGAUAACAUGGCAAAAGAUCUACAGGAAAGCAUGGCAAAUAUAUUCUAUAAAGUAUCUCAGUCUAAAAGAAUGUUACUCAAAAAUUUUCUGGCCAUAACGAACACCAGUAUGAAAGUAUUCUAUAACCAGAACGAGAUAAUUCUCGCUUUCUAACAUGAAACUACAAGAUUAAAAUUAUAUUCUUUAGAUGUUAAAUAUUUAUAUUUCAUAAUUACAAAAUUAUUUCACGAGGAAAUGUUUCUUCAUUUAACGAUUUGCAAAAAAUUCGUUCAUUACAAACUGAUAAAACAAGAAAAACUAUUAAAAGCUUUAAAUUAUUUAAAAGAACUUGAAUAAAAAUUUAAUAUAUUAUUAGAAAGUUUGUUAUUUAUUAAAAUAGCAAGAAACUAUUUAAAAUAUAUAUUAUAAAAAUAAGAUAAUCAGUAAAGAAGAUGGGAUAUAAUUAAAUAAUAAGCUCAUAACAUCAGUUUUAUAAAAACUGUUAAUAACAUCAGUUUUAUAAAAACUGUUGAUAAAAUCUUAAUAUGAAGAACUAAAAUCCAAUGCUUUAAAUCCCUUCUGCUGUUCUUACAUAAAAUAGUAUAUCAGAGGAUAUUUAAAAUUAAAUGUUUCACUUGGAAUUUAUUAGUAACCUAUUUGAAUUAAAAAGGAGAAGAAAACUGCAAACAAAACAGCUAAAACUUACUUAGAUCUCUUUAUAUGUACAUUGAUUUUGCAACAAGGUAGGUACCAGACAUUUUAAUGAUGCAUUAUAUAUUUCUCUUAAUUUUAAUUACAAAUAAAAAGAAAAAAUGCAAUAACUAUCCAUAAUUUCAAAGAAUCGCGUUUAAUUAAAAUGGUUAAAUUUAAUAAAAAAGUGGCGAUAUAUAUGUUCAGUUAUUUUUAUUUACACAAGAAACAAGUUAACACUUAUGCAUAAAAAUUUGUCUCAGUCGUAAAGCUGAACAUUUAGCACUGGAUUCCCUUUAUAAUUAUUCAUACAAAGAAUUACAGUAACAUCUGCUUAAUUUGACCACCCACCGACCUUUUAUAUUUGAUCACGUUGUGAAAAUCUCCUUUUAAUAAUAUUGAAUUUUAGAAGCUAAAAAUAAAUCGCAUGUUUUAAAUUUAUAUAAAUAAUAAGAAAUGAAUCUGAGUUUAAAAUACUUUUAAAGAAUGCAUCGCUCAUAUAUUUUUAAUUUAUAUUGACGAACAGAAAACUGCGUUUGUGAUUUACAUUAAGUGUUUAAGAUACUUGAAAAGUUUUCAAUUAAUAAAACUACGUUCUUUUUAAUGUAAGAUUUUUCUUUUUAUUAUCAACACUUUUUAAAGCAUAUAAAUUUCAUUUUCUUUUUGCAUCUCAUUAUAACAAUGUGGUUAUUGCUGUACCUUCGGAUUUUCAAGUUCUCUUACUGAAAAAAGAAAUUUUAAUUUUACAAACUGAGCAAAGAAAUAUUUAUUUAGUACAAAUUUAAGCAAAUCCUCUUGCAACUUUUAGCGUAGAAAAUCAUUCAUUUCUAGCAAAUAAUAUGCAUUUCUUGCCGGCUUAAUAUAGUAUGACUGGAAAUACAGUAGCUGGAGUGAUAAAAAAGAUAAAAUGUAAUAAGUAGUGAAAAAUGUUAGAAAAAGGAGUAAGUAAAAACGCAGGAAAAGCUACUAAAGAUAGACGAGAAAAUUACAAACGCAUUCACAAAUUUUUAACAUACAUUGCUCAUGCUUUCACUAUACGUAGCAAACCUAAUUUUAGGAGACAAUUCUCUAUUAAUUUCUUAUGAUCUAAAAUAAAACUUAAAACAGCUAGUCCCUUUCUAUUUGUAACAAAAUAACAAAGGUGGUCAUUUUUUUGCGGUUUUAUUGUAUUAUCACAACAUAUGCGUUAAUUUUUGUAAAGGAUAUUUAUGACUUAGAGCUUUAACUCCUUAAACAUGUGUCUCAAACUAUCGUCUACGAAGAUUUUUUAAAUAAGUUACAGAAUUUAAUGAGAUACAAGUUUUGAAGAUGAGAAAGCUACUAAGAAAUAAAAUUUAACUUUUGUAUGGUCUAAUGAGAAGAAAUAUAAUAAUUAGGAAGACAUUAUGCUUCUAUUAAAUAAAAACUAAAUAUUCCAUAUCUUUGUGCACAAAAUUUGCAAAUAUAUUCGAAAACAAAUUUAUUAUCUUCAGACAAUGUUUUACGCUUAUUAGCAGUAUGAUGCAAUAUUAAUCACAAAUACUUUAAGCAACUGCAAAAUGAACGUAUUUCAUUUUGUAAAUUUAUGUUUUCAAACUUUGAAUGAGAGGUAAUUUGUUCUUAAAUUUGUAGUUGACUCUAGUGAAUGCUUCAUAAAAUUUAUUUAAUGUUUGUUUUUAAAUAACAAAUAUAUAAUAAAACGUUUAAUAUAAAUAGUGUUUAUUAAGGGAAUUUUUUUGUUUUAAGGAUGACACAAACUUUAAUUUUAUUUGUGAGUCUUCUGUCCACUUACGUGUAGAAAUCGUCUGCAUAAAUUUUGCUUCUUUUUCUAAGAAGCUUAAUAACUGAAAGUAUGGAUGUCUAAGAUCAAUAAUUAAAGAAAUAAUUUAAUAAUUUUUAACUGCUCUAAAUACUUAAAUUUUGAAUUUUUGUAAAAUUAUUCAAAUAUUUAACAUUGUUCUCUAAAAGAAAACUGUAUUAUUAAAAUACAGCUAAUUCAUAUGUGAAUAUGUGAAUAUGUGAAUUAUCUGAAUUCACAUAUGAAUUCAGAUAAUUCAUAUGUGAAUAUGUGAAGCUUAUAUUCAUAUAGUUACGACAACCUGGGAAUAGUAUAUUACCGAAGUCAAGUUAAAUCAUUGAUCAUUAAAUUCAAUAGUGUGCAAUUCAUAUGAAUUCAUAUGUGAAUAUGUGAAUUAUCUGAAUUCACAUAUGAAUUCAGAUAAUUCAUAUGUGAAUAUGUGAAGCUUAUAUUCAUAUAGUUACGACAACCUGGGAAUAGUAUAUUACCGAAGUCAAGUUAAAUCAUUGAUCAUUAAAUUCAAUAGUGUGCAAUAUCAACUGUUUUUUUUUUAUUUUGUAGCAAAUUAUUUAUUUAUUUCUAUUAAUUUUAUUUUGGUAAAUAAAUUUGUUAAUUUGUCUUGCUCUGAGCCUAGUCGCAUUUUUCAUGGUGCUGCUUAUAUCCGACAUAAAUCUGAGAAGAAACACUGAGUAAACAGAAAUAUGGACUUGAGUUACUGUGUAAGCAGAAAUACGGACUUGAACGAAUGAUCUAAUAUAUUAACAUUGAAAGCGAUCUUAAAAUCUUUGAUAUUUUCCUUUUGUUAUUCUUCCGAAGCAUGAAAACCUAUUUUAUGCAACAAAUCUAGUUUGCAAUUUUCUGUCUUUGGUGAUUAUUAAACUUUUCUUAAUAACGGAAGCUUCUUAAAUUACUAUUAAUAUAAUUCUUAUUCUUAUGGCUGCAUGCUUCAAAUAAAAUUUAUGGUAAGAAUUGUUAUGUAUAUGAGAAAUUUAAACUAAUUAUUGUUGUCCUUGACUGGCAUAAAAUGAGAGAUGCACUUAUGUAUAUACUGUUUUUGAAAAUUUAUUUAUCUGUGUUAAAGUCAGAAUAUGUUCAGAAAUACGCGUAACACUACUUGUUUGCAAGCUUGAUAACAGAUAAUGAGUGUAAUAAAUUAAUAUGAAAUUUUUUGUAUACUUAUGGUUGUCUUCUGAAGAACUGUGUAACAGCAAUUGUAUCAUUCAAUUCUUUCUCACAAUUUUCUGAUCGUAACAAAUUUGAAUUUCUCGAUGCGUUGGGUGCAAUUUCAUUACUAUGAUAUUCGAGAAAAUGAUUUAGCUAUCGAUAAAUUGUUAGGGUAAAGGUGUGAUAGAAGUGAUCAUUUUGAAUAGGCAAACAAAAUCUGAUAAAUAAAUUCUUUUAUUAAACUAA